AUGUCGUCACCGAGACAUCCUUCUAACCUUUACGGCCUCCAUCUCUGCGGCGUGGCUUCUUUGCCUCUCAGCCGGGCAGCCACCUGGCGCGAUCCGGGUGUUGACGACAUGAGCGUGAUGGCUGGCCCGAUUCGCAAAACCUACACCAUUCGAGAAGCCGUCCCUGGACGUGGCCUGCGGAGCGAUUUGGAGUACGACAGGGGACCGGGUGGCAGGCAUGGCUGGGUGGACGAGCCCAGGGCUGAGGCUGCGGAUUAG